CUGAUAGCUACUGGAUCUAAUAGAAUUUAGGAAAUAACUUUUUAAAAGUAUGUACAUUAUUUUAUAAUUAAAAGUUUAAGUAGUGAAGGCGGACCCUUUCUUUCUUAUGGUAGCAAUGAUUCUGUACGCUGAGCUUUGUAAAUUAGCUUAGUUAAAUAAUCAUUUAUUGUAAAUUUUGUGCUCCUGUACAAUAAAAAAAUUCAUGAUGACCACAUAUACUUUGCUAGAAGAAGCUGAUGCCGAUAGGGCAUUACUAAUGAAGAAAAUAGUAAGUGCUGCAUUUUAUGCAUUUGCAUCUUUUAUGAUAACUGUUGUAAAUAAAACAGUACUGACAACAUAUGCAUUUCCAUCAUACCAAGUUUUAGGAUUGGGUCAAAUGAGCGCCACAAUUUUUGUACUCUGGUGUGGUCGUUCAAUGAACAUAGUAGAUUUUCCUUCUCUGGACAGUGGAGUGGCUCACCGUAUAUGGCCACUACCCAUUAUAUACCUUGGAAACAUGGCUACAGGACUUGGUGGCACAAAAGAGUUAAGCUUGCCAAUGUUCACAGCACUUCGUCGUUUUAGUAUACUCAUGACAAUGAUCUUGGAAAGAUUAGUGCUGGGUAUUAAAGCAUCGUGGCCUGUAAAAGCAAGUGUUUUGGCUAUGGUUGGGGGUGCACUGCUUGCUGCUGCAGAUGAUGUCACUUUCUCAUGGACUGGAUAUACACUUGUAUUAUUAAAUGAUGGAUUUACUGCUGCAAAUGGAGUAUAUAUGAAAAAGAAACUAGACUCAAAAGAGCUUGGUAAAUAUGGACUUAUGUAUUACAAUGCCCUGUUUAUGAUAGGUCCAGCUAUGAUAGUAGCCUGGUGUACAGGUGAUUUGACACAGUCAGCCCAAUAUCAGUAUUGGUCUGAUAUACUGUUUUUGAUACAGUUUCUCAUGUCAUGUGUCAUGGGUUUCAUUUUAUCGUACAGUGUAAUGUUGUGCACUCAGUAUAACAGUGCAUUGACUACUACAAUAAUUGGAUGUCUAAAGAAUAUAUUAGUAACUUACUUAGGAAUGAUUAUUGGUGGAGAUUAUGUAUACUCCUGGCUUAACUUUGUAGGAUUGAAUGUUAGUGUUCUAGCUAGCUUAUUGUACACUUAUGUUACUUUUAAGCGUAAACCGACGGCUUAUACUUUGUUGAAUGAAGCAAAUAAUAAAGUUGAUACAGUGUAGUAUUAAAGAGUAAACCAACCCACUACUAUAGGAAUUUAUAUAGUUUUGAGGUUGAUGCCAAAGAAUAUAUUAAAAUGUGUGUGAUCAAAUAUUUUGUAGACAUUUUAAUUAUGUAAUUUACCUCAGUGGAACAACAACUACAAUAGUUUCUUAAUUAUAUUAAUUGACAGGUGUUUAAUGUAUUCUUGGUUGGUGAUAUAGUAACAACAAAGGUAGUAAAAUUUUAAAGCAAAUUAAGUUUUCUGAGACGUGAGAGUAGAGAAUUAAUUAUCAUCAGUCAUUAUGACUUAGAUGAUAUUAUUGAAAAAUUGGAGCAUCACAAUUUGAUAAAAUUCUUAACAAGGCAUUGGGUAAUGAUAAUGAUUAAGUGGCCAAAAGGGUCAAAUCACUGUUACCCAGACUUCAUGCUAUAAUCAUAACAUGGUUGUGCAUAAACACAGAAGAAACUCACUUAGUGAAAGAUGAAGGCAAGAAACAAUUUUUUUUUGAAAAUGUGAUAAGGUGUUAGAUAACUACAUUGAAACAUAAUUUUUAUUUACAAUUGUCUGCUUUUUCUAUCAUGCAUGUACUAAGAAUACAUUGAAUACCCCUCAUAAUAGUUGGUUUAGUUAAGAUAACUUUAACCACAUAAUCCUAUGUGACCGAACCCAGUAUGAAUAAUUUGAAAGUGUGAUAGGCAUUGUUAUUGUGAGUGAUAAAUUAUUUCAUAGUGAGAUUUAAUUUUGCCUUCUAGGAAAUAGUUUCACCUAAUAUAUAUAUAUAUUUAUGUUUGGAGUUUGAUUUUGUGAUAGCUUAAAUAAAUUUUUUAUAUAGCACAUUUUAAACAAGAAGGUGAUAAGAGACCACACAUAAUAUAUAAUUUAUUGUAUUAUUGUAGUGAAUUUCUCAUUUACAUUUUAAUUAUUGUUAAUGUAUUUUUAAAAGCAUACUCUAAUCUAUGCAGUAAACAUAAACAGAUAUUUUCAUUACCGUUUAAACAAUGUGGUUAAAUUUAAUA